GCACGUGGUUCAAAAUUCAAGAUGGCGGAUUCCACUAAGAAGAAGAAGAAGAGGCAAGUUCAAGUUUUUGACUUGUUUUGAAAGUAAAGAUCGUCAAACUAUUCAUUUUUUUCUUCACAGGAGAUUGUGUGACAUGGACGCAGAUGCGUUUAUGAUGCAUGAGUUUGAUUCUGACCUUUACGUUUACCUUUAGGUAAAGGUCAGAAUCAAACCCAUGCAUCAUAAAGUUUUUGAGUUGUUUUGAAAGUAAAGAUCGUCAAACUGUUUAUUUUUUCUUCACAGAAGAUUGUGUGACAUGGACACAGAUGAGUUUAUGAUGCAUGGGUUUGAUUCUGAUGUUUCCGUUGGGGACGAUGGGCAAGAAAACGAAGAAGAUUGUUCUACUGCAGUUGUCCAAACGUCUUCCAAUCAAAAGAAGAAGUACGCUACGCCUAACCUAUAUUUUUGUCAUAAAAGAUUUGAUAAAAUUCUCCUGCUUAAAAUAGGUGUUUUAGUUGACUUGUAAAAUGUUUUAGUUAAUUUUUUAUCUCAGGUAAUUUUUCUUUUCUUUAAUUUUUGGGCAUGGUAAUGUAUCAGCUAAUGAAGUUAAAACAAAAAAUUACCCUAGAUUAAAAAAAAGCCAGCUUUGGGAGAUGCCUAACAGUGUCAAGAGGAACAAAUAAGCAAGCAGAUAAAUGUUAUUUAAAAUUAUAGCCGACAAGUGAAGCCAUUUAAUGUUUAAUUUGUGUCAGAUUUUAGUAGCUCAGUAAUUCAUCUUGAAACUUUGUUUCCAGAAAAUCCAAAAGUGCACAUCACAAAGAUCAGCUAGCUAGAUUACAAGAAAAGGAUCCUGAGUUUUACAAGUUCUUAAAAGAAAAUGAUAAAGAGUUGCUGGAUUUUAAUGACUCAGAUACUGGCUCUGAGGCAGACUUUGAGCAGGAAGAUGAUGACCUUCAUAGUGAAGAUGAUGAUGAAGAUGCUGAUGAAGAACACAAGGAUAAGAGACCUAAGAAAAAGGUAGAAAUGUUUUUGGAAGAAUAAUACAAGGCUGUGCUGGAAGGGAUCCAAGUGUUCUAAACCUGUGAAAAAACGGGGUGCCCAGGAAGAUUUCUUAGGUACCCAAGAGCAAAAGUAAGGUUAUAACUGGUACAGAUCCAGGGAAUCCUGAAAUUGCUUGGUUCACAUUAUUGCAGCAACAGUGUAGUGUACUUUAAGUAUAGCUCACAUGAUAUAUCUGAGUGUACAAAGGUUCAUGGGAUUGAUUAUUAAAAGCAUGAAAGGUUAGAUCUGGAGUUUUCCUUGUGUAGACUUAAUAAUCCAUUCAAAUCGGCUUCAGUACGUGAUUAAGACACGACAGUGCAGUUCAUGCACUUUUGACUGAAAACAAAACAGUAAAUUUGAAAUUUGUUUGCUGGUGUUUUGACACUGUUUUUUUCGUAGAUGUGCUGCCCUUUUCAAUCACCAGUAAUUUAAGUCAGUGGGAAAGCAGAUACCAUUCAGAAUUUUUCAUUUGAUUUGUCCUUGAUCACCAUAAAAGAAAAUGUUCUUUGUGUUUUGUAUUUUCACAUUCGGAGAGGUUCUGAUCACUUUGAUUUUCUUGGUUUCAGAUUUUAUCUAAAGCAGGCAAAUCCAGUGGAGAACAAGAUGGUGACGACAAUGAUGAUGAUGAUGAUGAUGAUGAUGAUGAUAUUACAAAUAUGAAUGAUGAUUUAAAUGAUCAAGAGAAAGUUAACAAGAGGGAAGGAAAAUCAGUGACUCUGGAGAUGAUAAAAGUGUGGAGAUCAGGACUUGAAGUAUGAUGUUCUGUUUUGGAUUGUAAAGUUUAUUUGUGCCCUGUAAAAUGUGGCAUAAAUGCUGAUGUUAAAAUGGAAGUACAGUUUGCCUCCCUACCUCCUGACCUGACCUUUGCUGUGAUUGAUCCCUUUGAAAUCAACAGAGUUUCCAAAAGUAACUGAAUGCCGGUUAAAAUCUUUGCCUACUUGGUUAUUAUGGCUGGCUACUCUGCUUGGCAUUUCUUUACGGAUGGCGUUUUUUGAAUAAAAUUUCCCUGGACUGACCGCUUACUUUGACAACUGAGCCAUCUACUUUAAAACUUUCUGACAACCCUGAUCAACAUUCCUUUUAAAUAAUCUGUUAAAUUAAAACAAAAUUAUGGGAUCGUUAUAAGUUUCUGGGAAACUGCCUACCUAUCCCAACCCUAAGCUAACAUUUUGCCCUAAGUGAGAAGUACAUGUACGUGUCAAUGUUGGCUUAGGGGAGGGGUAGGUGGGCAGUUUCCCAGAAAUGUAUAAUGAUCCAAAUUAUGUUUUAUUUAAAGGACCAUGAACAGAUUUGGAAACUCAACUGGCAGACAGCAGCUAGUUGGUUAUUUGCAAGCAUGGGCAAGGAGUUUAUUAAUCCCUUUCAUCACUGUCACUAACACUCCUAUUCAAAACUGCCUGUUAAAGCAUUGUACACACAUUCAGGAAAUUUGAUUUUCUUUUCUCUGUCAGAAAAAUUCAAUUUAUUCACUUAAGCAAGCACUGAGAGCAUUUCAGUCAGCUGUUCACGGAGCCCUAGACACUGGAGAUGAAAAAUCGCAAGUUCGCUUGACCUUUAAAGUUGAGGGAGACAAAGGUACACAUCAGCUGAUAAACAUGCAACAUGCCAUACCCCUAAAUGGUUUUCGCUCUUCUAAUCUUCUAAUCUCAGUUUUUAAUAUCUAUGUUGCCCUAACUGUGGCUGACUUUACAAGGCUCCAAAUAAUUUUGGGACAGUGGUUGGACAUCAUAACCAACUGAAGAAACUUUUGCUCAGUUGAGUCUCAUUUCUGACCAGUCCAAAUAUUCAGAUUGGAAUAAAAAGGUUUCCGUUCAUGCGUAAUUUUUUGUCCGUGAGCAUGAUUGUAUUUUUAUGGAGACAAAAUCUAAGAUUUACAGCUAGGAGGAUUUGGUUAUUUUUUCAAGUGUGAGAGUGGCGUGACCAGUGAAUGAUCAGAGAGUGAAGUGUUUGUCCAGUCAAGCCAACUUUCUGGCUGGACAUUGUCUGUUGACCGGCCAUUAUUUUGAGCCCUGCUUUUAUAUUUUACUCUGUACUGACUACAUGUACAUGCACAUUCAUCUGUAAUGUUAUUUAUUUUUCCUCUCUCAUGAUAAUUUUAUUAUUUAUGCCAUUGAUAGUGAAAGGCCAAAUGUUGACCUUUCAUGAGACAAACCAGAAUGAUUUCAUCUGUUGGGUCAGAUGUUAAACUAAUGAAGUAUAAUUAUAUUAACCAAUCAGCCACAAAUUUCUGAAGCAGAAUUUGAUAGAGUGGAUGUUGACCCAAAAUCAUUCAGACACACUUAACUGAGAAAGACAUCAAGCUUUUCAUGGACUAAAUACCACCCACUCUGGUUUGUCUAAUGAAAAUUUCCUUCCUUGUUCUUUGCUUUACAAUUCUUCAGUGAAGCUACACAAAAUGAAGCAGGUCAAUCCAGGCUUGUGUCGCACAAUAAUAUUUCUUACAAAUCUCUUUAUUUUGUCACUCUGAACCUCAAGAUGUGGCUUUAAUGUUCACAAGAAUGGGGGGAUGGUCUUCAAUAUUUGAUUGAGUAGGUAAAUUGGAUAGAACAUCUUGUCCAAUAAUCAGAAAAGUCUGGGUUGGAUCCCCAGUCUAGUCUGAAAAAUUUGCAGUUUGUUUUAUUUACGGUAACUUUAACCUGUUAGGUUGUUUACACGUCUAAUAUUAUUUAGUUUUAUUGCAAGCAUUACAUUUAUGUUAAUCUUUUUUCACCUGAAGUUCAUAAAUCUACUUGUAUAGUGAUUUAUGUUCAUACAUUCCUGUAUAUUUUUGGUCAACCAUUUUUUUUCUCCCCAGUUUUCAAUGCCAUUAUUCAACUUUGCUUGAGACAUGUCUACCCAGUAUUAUUUCACUACAUUGGAGGGAUAAACUAUAAGCAAGGAAAAAGGUUUGUAAAGAAGUGUCAAAAUAUAAAGGCAGAUUAAGUACAUGUAUUCCAGUUCACAAUGGCUGAACUUUGGUCAUGAUAUUAAUGUUGUAAGCCAACAUCGCUAGGCAAGCUUUAGGACCUUUUAUUAAAGUAGCUGUCAAGCUUACGGGUAAUAUGUGUACAUUCUAUUGACAAAAGCUUAUGCAACAAAAAUAAACACAUGCUGUCAAACAUUUUAAGCCUCAACCCAACAGUUCUUUACUCUACCUGGUCAUUGUAUUUCUGUGUAGGGUUUUUUUUAUAGCUAGCCUGGGAAUGAGCUCUCCAGGCCAUAAAGGGGAGUUGCAAGAUAUCACACGAGAACCACAGGUAAAAAGAGACUCCACUAUGAGGGCAUUUUUGGCUUGCACUUGUUUUCUUGUGGCUCACUUUGCUUGCCAUAAUUGGAGAACUUACAUGUAACUUGCAUGGAGACUGUUUGAUAGCCACAUGGAAGCUCUUUGAGGUCUUUUGAGGUAGGAGAGGAAAGGACAGGGAAAGUAGGGUUCUUUCUCCUUUUUCUCCCCACCCCUCUCUCCUAGAGUGCCUCAGAGAGCUUGCUCGCAGGCUUGUUUUUUGAUCAUUGGUUUCAGGAAGGUGUGUUUGUCUUUUAUUGCAGAAUUCUUCCUUCUUUUCAUUCAAACUGGUCUAAGGUUAAAACAUCAGUCAAGCAUUACCUCACUGACAUUCUACAGGUACAAUUUAAAAUAAUAAUUGUGCUAGGGUACAAGUGCUAUAACCUGCGAAAACAUCCGUUUCUCCUUGCUCUUCGCCGCUGGGGACGUUUCGGGCGGAGGAACGUCUGCGACUCAGCGACAGAAAUUCCAUACUGAUGAUGCAAAUCAGUGUUUACAUAAUAAAUCCGGUAGUCAUGGGGUUCCAAAUAACUAUGUCCAAUUUUACGUGUCUUACGGUCGAUUUUGGAAAAGUGUUGUGUUCAUCAGCCAACGAGCUCCCGCAAAACUCAAAUGCUUCUUCUAGAGAAGACUAUAUUCCACAGAAUCGCAUAAUUAAGUAAAAUCUCGCAUUCUGAUUGGUUAACGAAGCGAGGUAUUUAGUGUGGAAUUGCGAGUUGAAAACGAGGCUAAGCGAUAUUGUUUCGCAUCUACGUAACAACUAUCGUCAAAUUCUAACACAACAACAUGCAAAAAAGGUUUUCUACAAUGUCAUGUUAAAAUGUUUUCAAAACCAUUCAUUGUCACUUUUUGAAGAGUUAAAAACAAACAAAAGCCUUUUUUUAAAGUGAGCCGGAGGUUCUUCCUUGUUUUGAACUGAACUACAGAUUCUCGAAGAGACAUAAAACCUCUUUCACUCGCGACAACCAGAAAACAAGAAAAUCCUGUGAACACGGCCCAGAAAAUGGCAAUCCAAAGUUCAACCAAACAAAACGGAGAAACGACAACGGAGGAAGUGCCGGGGUCGAUUGUCCCAUAUACAGAAGAAGAAAUAAAUACCUUCAAAGAGGACAUGGCCCCUGAAAACACGAAAAAGAGUACGCCGCUUGCAAUCGUCCUGAAUCGUGGUACUUAGAAAAGUACAAAAACAGAGCUGAACUUGAACAGCAUUUCUAAAACAUUUCAAGGUACUUACCUUAUGUCAAUCGCGACGUUAAACAUGUUAAACUUUCAGUGCUUUCGCUUGGACACUUGAUUUCUUUCCGUUUUGCCGCCGAAGAGGUAAAAGGUGUAAAUUAUUUUCCCUCUCGAGCAAAUGACCAAUUUGAAAAAGACGUUCUACAUAAACGGCUUCUAAAUUCAGUAAAAUACCUCUAUUUAUCCUUACGAUUAGUGUGAAGCUUGUUUACAUGUAAAAAGUUUGAAAACAAAUAUAAAAACAAGCACAAAGGUACAAAAAAAAGUUGUCGAAGGUUCAAACGUGUACGACUGACCUUGCUUCCUACUCGCUAACGCAAUGACAGUUCUGACAGUUGACUUUGAAAUGGCUUUCUGGAGCGCGCGCUCAGGAUAAAAACAAACAAUAUUAUUGCUGUUUUCUUUUUUUUUCUUCUGAUUUUUAUUCAAUUAUGCGAUUCAAGGAAAAUUCAUUACCUGACUCGAGAAUUCCACGUUAAAUUGCACUUGAAAACCGAUAUCGCACUCAUCGCUUCGCGAUUCGUGCGAUAUCGGUUUUCGCGUGCAAUUUAACGUGGAAUUCCCUCGUCAGGUAAUGAAUUUUCCUAUAAUAUUGACUGUUUUGUUGGAGAUUCUUUGCGUUUAGAUUUGACAUUUGUGGCCUUUUGUCUUUUGUCUGUCAUUCGUAAACAAUAACUAAAACAAUGUAACUACUCUGCCGACCAAUCAGCGCUUCUGACCGGAUUCCGGACAGAGUUUACAUCAUCAAUAUGGAAUUUCUGUCGCUGAGUCGCAGACGUUCCUCCGCGCGAAACGUCCCCAGCGGCGAAGAGCAAGGAGAAACGGAUGUUUUCGCAGGCUACAAGUGCUAUAGAUACAUGUACAGUGCACAUCUGUACACUGAAUUGUCUCCUUUCAUAUACCUUUCAUAUUAUAGACAGCUGUUUUGAUCUUUAAGAUACAAAAUUCCUAAUUCAAAGAUGUGGACACGUGUCCAAUUAGAAUCUUUUGUUGUCUUUCUGUUUUCUAUUCCUUUGAUGUCCACUCAUUUAAUGAGGUUUGCCUAUAUGGUUGGAUAGAUCUUUACACACUGUUAUAUUGUCCAUCUUGAAGAGAGCUUGGUACAAAUGUACAUUAAAAUGGAGGGUUGUGCCUGCCAUUUUGAAUGUGGAGAAAGCAUUGAGAACAUUGCUAAUUUUUGUUAUAAGAUUUUAACAAUGCGAUUUUUCUGUGGUUUUGUUUGCAGUUGUUGCGGACUCUUGCUGAGCCAUCCAUGUUAUGUGUGAUCUUACGACAUGCUCAGCAGCUGAUACCAUACUAUACCUGCUAUCCAAAAAUUGCCAAAGCUUUUAUAAAGGUAACAGUGAUAACUUGAUUGGUUGAUAGUAGGGAGUUUAAGAUACCACGACGGCGACUGCGGCAAAAACUUCGCUUAAAAAGUGACUUCUCGAUCUAUGAAACUUUAGCGCGAUUAUCCCAACUCGGUCACUAUGUUUUAUGUAGGCGAACUCUCCUGGAGUUGAAUUCUUAAGGAAAAUAUCCAGGUUUACAAAGAGUAGGAGAGAUUAAAACGUAUGUUCACGUUGUCGAUAAAACGUGAAAUUAGGCAGCUGACGUCGUAGUCGUGCAAUGACGGCAAAGAAAGGGGUCUCCACCAGGAGAGGGGUCUAGGGGCUGCCCAGGCCCCCAGCCCCCCAGCAGGGUACAGGGGCAUCACCCUGUUGGAGGUCCAUAGGGCGAAGCCCCCGGGGGCUAAAGAGGCGAUAAUGCUGGUCGCCGGCGCAUUUUGACAACCCUGGGUGGGGGAACACAUGUCACUAGGAAUGUGUGUUCCCAGGUAGGGGGAAACACAUUUCUCCAGUGACUUGUGUUUCCCCGGUAGGGGAAAACAUAUCACUAGUGAUAUGUGUUUUCAGGGUAGAGGAAGACACAUUACUAGUGGAAUGUGUUUUCCGGUUAGGGGUACACACGUCACUAGGGAUAUAUGUUCCCCUACCCGUUGUAGUGUCGUAGUCUCCUAGGAACAGGUUUACGAUGUAAUAUAUGCGGAUGUAGUAAGGUAAGAAAUUAGCAUGGUGAUUCAGUACGAACGAGAGGUGUGAUUCGACGGAAAAAUUGCGAUGCUCGAGAAACGUGAGACUCUACAUUGGCAAUCAGGAUCUUUCUUUUUUCAGUAAUAUAAGAUAAAAUGGCUGCGUUCGACACUAACCGUACCUACGGACCGUUUGAUUCGGAUUUAGACCCGACAUCAGUCGGACCACGUUUUGAGAAAUAUGUGGACAGAUUCAAAGUCUACGCUGUGGUGAUGAACAUCAAAGAAAAGGAGAGGAAACGGGAAGUAUUCUUGCAUUGUGCCGGACCCAGAGUACACGAUAUUUUUGAUGCAUUAGAGGACACCGGAGGACAAUGUUGAGACCGCCGCGAAGAAACCUAUGGAGUAUUUUGAACCGAGGAAACAUUUUCUUUUCAAUAUUUACCAGUUUCAGCAGUUGUGCCAGGAAAAAGAAGAAUGUUAUGAUAAUUAUGCCACUCGUGGCAUAAUUGAGGCAGGCAGCAGUUCCCUGUGAAUUUCUGGGCGAAUGGCGAGACGUUGAAAUACAUGUACAGUUACAAUUGACCGAGAAAGGAAAAUUGAAGCUAGUCAGGCGACUUCUCCGUAGCAAACCACAUACCCUCGAGGAGGCUUUAGAUUUUGCGAGAACGCAGGAGAUGUCUGAUAAGCAAGCAAAAUUGAAAGGGUUCAGCAAAGUCAAGGAGCAAGCCCCGAUGAUGAGGAGAGGUUGUACAAAGUCAGGCCACCGGGACAAAGCAAUGUUUGUAGCAAGGCGUGUUUUUCUUGUGGUGGGAUAUUUCCGCACGGAGGGGGACGGACGAAAUGCCCACCCUGGAGAAAAAGAUGUUGGUCAUGCAACCGGAUGAAUCAUUUCGCUAAAUGCUGUAGAAUCAAAGGGAAAGUAUAAACAAAGAUGAGCAGUCAAGACCGUUUGUGAGGAAGAGCCCUCAGAUAGCAGUGCUACAUAGUCUCUUGGCAGGGUCGAGGAAGUUGGAGCGUUGGAGGACAAAUAAACAAAAAUGAAGGCCAAUAAGAUGUAUUAAAGUCGAAAACUGUGCGUUUCAGGUGUUGGUGGACACUGGGCCGACACUUAAUGUUAUGGACGAGUGUACUUUCCGACAGUUACUGGCUGACAAGGUCACACUGAAAACGUGGUCAAGUGUGCUGAUUGGAAAAUUUGAUGCGAUGGUCGAGUCUGGCAAGAUUCCGUGUCGUAAAGGGGCGCACGAACAUUAAACUGUUGAUAGGGUUCCAGACUGCCGAAGAUUUAGGUUUCGUGCUGGUUGUAAAUUCGGUUCAAUCGAAUGAAACAGCUAUAAGCAAACUAGUGGGAGAGUACGCUGACCUCUUCAAGGGUAUUGGAAUUAAGGUGAAAGGGAUGCAAGUGGAUUUGCACGUCAACCCCGCGAUACUGCCCCUGGCACAGCCUCACAGAAGGCCUAAACUGGAGGUGGAGCUGGAGAUGACAUAAUCGAGAAAGUAGACAAGCCUACGGUGUACCGGUUGGGUUUCAACUGUUGUAAUAACUCCGAAACAGUCUAUUAAUGAAGUACGAUUGAACAUGGACGUGAGGGAAGCCAAUAAAGCCAUCCCACGUGCGCACACAGUUAUGCCGACACUGGAUGACAUCAUACAGGAACUCAUUGGUGCCACCAUGUUUUCGCACCUGGACAUGAACCAUGGCUAUCACCAGUUGGAACUGAAAGAGAACAGUUGUGAUAUCACCACGUUUGCAACACAUGUGGGCCUGUGUAGGCACAGGAGGCUAAAUUUCGGCGCGAAGUCAUCUGGAGAAAUUUUUAAAGAUACAGUGAGCAAGGAGACAAAGCGUGACAUUCCUGAAUGCAUCAAUAUGAGUGAUAAUAGUCUUGUAUUUGGCAAAGACCAAGAGGAACACGACCAGAGUUUAGAUAAAUUGUUCAAAAGGGCUAGAGAGAAAGGAAUCACCUUCAAUAAAGAGAAGUGGGAAUUCAAUAAGGACAGAUGUCUGUAUUUACGGAAUGGUUUUCUCAAAAGAAAGGGCCUCCCCUGAUCCGGCAAAAGUAGACGCUAUAAAAGAGGCGGUACCUCAGCGCAACGCCAAGGAACUCAAUUCAUUCCUGUGUACCGUGCUGUAUAACGCAAGAUUUAUAGAGAGUUACACCCCACAAACAGACACCCUCGGAGACCUGGUGAAAACGGAUGUUUUCACGUGGAAAAAAGAGCACCAGGAGGCAUUCGAUUCGUUAAAGGAGGCUCUGUCCAGACAUGGUCCUGCCUUAUUUCGACCCCAACGCACAGCAUGAAGUACACGUUGAUGGAUGUCCUUUACGAGUCUCCGUCGGCGACGUUGGUCCAGCGUAUUCCUAAUGAAGACAACUGCCGAGUGGUACAGUGUGCCACCAGGGCUCUGUCGGAUGUGGAACAGAGGUAUUCCCAAAUUGAGCAGGAGAUGUUAGCUGUAGAUUUCGCAUGUAGAAAAUUCCAUGUCUUCCUCUAUGGCAAACCGUUCACGAUUUUCACAGAUCACAAGCGACACCACGGCCAUAACGCUACAGAGAAUGUCGGUGCGAAUGCUCGACUACGAGUUCAGGGUGGAAUACAUGCCAGGGAAGACUAACAUCUCGGAUUAUACUUCGAGGCACCCCCUUCCACGUGUGGCAACACUAAAAGGGAACUGGGCACUACUAAAGAUGUAAGGCAUUAGGGGUGUAACGAUUCAUAUUCCUUACGAUUCGAUUCGAUUUCGACUAUUGCCUUUCGAUUUCAAUUAUUUCGAUUUGAUUAUGUAAGUGUUUCUUAAUUCUUAUAACAUAAUGCGUAUUAUAAACAGCAUGCAACCCUAAACCCUCAAUUUGAGAACAGUAAUAGGGACAGGAGGAUUCACAGCCUCUCGGUCGUUCGUCGCCAUGUUUGAGAACCUGACAAAGAGCGUUUCGCAAAUGGUUUGCCUUAUUUGAAACUCUCAAGGGGUGGUCAAAGGACAGCAUUUUUCUAGGCAACACAAAAUGGCGCACGAACUGCGAUCGCCAAAAAUGCACAUUUUAAAGAGUUCGGGAUUCUGAUUUUACAAUAUAAUAACUCACUGAAAGCACCCUGGAAAAGGUAUGCAAAAAUCGAAUCAACAUCGAAACGUGGAAGCAAAGAAUCGUGAAUCGAACCGAAUGGUCAUAAUCGCGAUUAACCGACAAAACACAUAUCCUUAGUGAUAUGUGUUCCCCAACCUGGGAAACAUAUAUCCCUAGUGAUAUGUGUUCCUCUAUCUGGGAAACACAUAUCUCUAGUGAUAUGUGUUCUCCUACUCGGAAACACUGAUCCCUAGUGAUUUGUGUUCCCCUACCUGAGAAACAUAUAUCCCUAGUGAUAUGUCUUCCCUUACCUGGGAAACAUAUAUCCCUAGUGAUAUGUGUUCCCCUACCUGGGAAACACUUUUCCCUAGUGAUAUGUGUUCCCCUACCUGGGAAACAUAUAUCCUUAGUGAUAUGUGUUCCCCUACCUAUCUCAUCUCUUGUUAGAUUUUUUUCUUAUUCUUUUCAAUUAAGAUCAGUAGAUUAGUUAAUGUUUCGAUCUGUAAUUUAAUUUUUUUAGCGUUAAGACGCAAUUCAGUUUUCGACCUCCUAUCUGUUUUUGAAUUAUUAAACUUCAAACUGCAAACUUCAAACAACAUGCUCAAAACGUGGAUAACACUAUCAACGAGAUAAAUCUCUAUACACUAGAUAGCGCAAUUGGCUCCCCUAAUAUUUAUCUACGACUGGAUAGUGAUUUAUCCGGUGGAUUAGGCUAUCCAGUUUUUGAACAACUGGGGCCUGGUCGUCAUUCAUGAUUGCAGGCAGGAUUUUGUUAAAAUGGACAAAGUUUAGUAAGACGUUUUCUGAUAGCUGACUGUUUUUAGCCACAGCUCUGUUUUACUCUUGAAAAUGAAUGUUAAUUAAAUUUUUAUUCAUUGUUAUUAUACAUUGUAUAAUGUACUCAGUAUCGGUCUUCUCAUUGGCUAAGAGCCUAUAGGUAAUUUUGGAAAUCAGCGCAACCUACUGAUUAGUUAGUUAUCUGCUAGAAGCAGAUAACUGACUUAUCUUUAGGUUCUGCGCGCAAUGCAUGAUUCCCAAAAACAAUAUCAAUUCAGGUUCCUUGCGACGGUGUGGUUGUCGUCUUUUUCUUCAAAACAAGUGUUUAAGUGUUAUCAGCGUCAACCCUCAGCUCGGCUAAUAACAUUUCGGCCUCGACCUUGGUUUUUCCAGAUAUCACAAAAACCUCAUCCAAUUAUUAUUGUUUAUUGUCGUCUUUUGCAGAGAUCUGUAAGAAUGUGGAGUAGAGGUGAAGAACAUGUCAGAGUUCUCGCUUUCCUUGGUAUCAGGAAUGUUGCUACGAUGAUGCCUUCUUCACUGUUGGAGUUUUCUGUCAAGGUUUGUUACUAACUGCACUAAACUCCUUUUGAUGCAGUUUGACCAAUAAACCUACCCUGGAUGCGAGAGAUUUUUCUAGCGCGGUUUCCGGUUUCUGUCAAGUCUUUAUAGUGACCUGUGCCAGAGGUUUUUCUCGAGUCUUCGGCCUACGACCGAAGAUGUGUCGGCCUUCGGCCAAGACCGAAAAUUCCCGCCGUACGCGAGAAAAACCUCUGGUACCCAGGGUACAAUAAACCAAACAACCAACUUCAAAAGUUUCCUUCUUGUUCCAGAGAGUUAUCACUUGUAUGUAAAUGCUCCAUUUGAUUUCAGGCCAAUAUACACCAUGUCCACCUUCUUCUUAGAGAAGAUGCACACCACUUUGUAAUGGGAAACUAUUGUGCUUCAAUUAAGUUUUGUUUGAAUUGUUAUGGUUUUGUUUUUUUCAGCAAUUGUACAUAAAUUUUGUCAAGAAUUCCAAGUUCAUGUCCCCCAAGACAAAACCCAUCAUAGCAUUUAUGCAGAAUUCAUUGGUUGAGAUUUUCAGCCUGGAUUCUCAUCUAACUUACCAACACGGAUUUGUCUUCAUCAGACAGCUAGCGAUUCACCUUAGAAAUGCCAUUGUGCAACAGAAGAAGGUACUUUAGUUUAUCAAGCUGAGGAUUGAGCGAUUUUCGUAUGACCUUGAAAAAUGGUUUCAGUAACUGUUCGUUAUUUGUUUUGUCAGCCAAUGCCUUCUCCUAAUAUGGAGAAGACAUUGUUCGAUUGGCCAAUCGUGUGGCAGUGUGACGUCAAAGCGAAGAACCGGUUGAUUUCUAGAAAGUUAUCGGGCAGGAAAUUAAGCGUUCACUUAGCCAACCAAAAGCCACUCGCGUUGGUAUCCGUUUGAUAAACCAAUCAAAUCGCUCUAUUUUUGUUCGGUUGUUGUUUCUGAUUUGUUGGCUCUUUUUCAUUUCAAGGUCAUCGAAAAUUGCUCCAAGCCUUUUUCUUGUAAUUCCUCUUUCCUCGUAAUUUUUAGGAAUUAGUUGAGAUUUGUUCGAAGAUGAAAACAGUUCUUUUCACAGCCAUUCCUCUUGAAUAAUGUUCUGAUAUUGAUUGGAGAAAAUUGGGUUUAGAGUCGGCUAAGAAGGCUUAACUCAGGUCUUUCGCCUUGCGCAUGCCAUCCCUCUUAAGUCUUCAAAACCCGCACCUGCAAUCCCCUUGGACUUUCUAAAAGUCCUUUUUAUUUCUCCUGGUCGGUUAUGCAAUUUGAAAGACUUUUCAUGCCUGUUUGGCAUAAAAUUCACCGGAGAAAAUUCCACCUGUGACGUCAUGACAAUUGACCAAUAGGAGAGCCAGUGAUAUUUGACGCCACUCCCGACACAGCAUAUGUCAACCAUUUUUCUCGCGAGAAUUUAUUCUUGGUUUUAAGGUUUCGUCCCCACCUAGCAAAAGAUCUCUUAGAAAUAAACAUCUUGUGCAUGUUUUGAACGUGAUAGCGUUUUCCGUUUUUUUUUUCACAUGUGUUAAAAAAUAAUUUUAUCGCAAGAUAUUAUGCCCUUUGAAAGGUGAAAGUAUUAGAAAAUGUGUUUAUUGGAAUAAUUUGCUCGUUCGCUGUAAACAACUGAUCAAAUUUGUGGCGAUACUGAAACCAGAUGUUUGCAUUAUUUCCGGCCGCCAUAUUUGUGCUCCUCAGAGGAGCACAAAUAUGGCAUCCGCAUAGUGAGCCCUAUAAAUUUUUGUUACACAUUUUGAAGAACAACUCGGCAGCGGAAAACUGCAUAAACGUGAGACUUGGCCAGGUUGUUAAUUUAUGAUAUCAACAUCCUAUAAUAUCUGAAAGUUUUGGCUUCAGACGUUCCACGGUUUUGAUUUUAGUUUUCGAUGGAACAAAACCACCAAUAAUAUGAUUCCAAUCCAUUCAGGCGAAACAAGUCGGCGUCACUGUGCGACCUCAUUGAAGCUCGCUUCGUUUGCUUUUAAGAACUUAUGAGAGGUCGCCUUGUAGCAAGUCUACUAUCCGCGGUAAUCUUCCUCAAGUUUGUCCAUACGUGCCUUCUUAUUUAAACAUCUUUUUAUGUUUUAGGCGCAUUUUUUUUUACUUUCAUCCUUUAAACGAUUCUGAUUCCUUUUUUGUUGUUGUUUCUUUUUUUUCCAGGACUCGUAUCAGUCAGUUUAUAACUGGCAGUACUUACACUGUCUUCACCUUUGGUGUCGUGUUGUGAGUGAAGUGAAAAGCAACGGAGUCCUUGAUCCUCUUAUUUAUCCCCUGGUACAGACCAUCAUCGGUGCAAUUAAGUAAGCUUACCCAUGUUCAUGUUGAACUAUUUAAGGAGGCUGAACACAGUUUCUCUUCGAAUUCUUUAUCCCUUUACUGCGUUUGAGAACAUCUUUAUCAUGAGGAGAUAUGCAGCCAAUAAACCUUUAAAGAAAAACGUACGAGAACAAGCUGACUGAGAAAACUGCUCAGACUGAAGCAAUUUAUUCUGUUUUCGUCGCAGUCGAUAGAGCCAUUUUCGUAUGACCUUGAAAAAUGGUUUCAGUAAGUGUUCUUUAUUUGUUUUUUCCCCCAAAGAAAACAAUAAUAUGGAGAAGGCAUUAAUUGGAUUGGCCAAUCGUGUUGCAGUAUGACGUCAAGGCAAAGUAUUGAUUGAUUCCUAAAAAGUUCUUCGGACAUGAAGUUUUUUUCAGCCGAGCGUUCGCUUAACCAACCAAAAGCCACGCGCAUUUGUGUCCGUUCGACAAACCAAUCAAAUGGCUCUAUUUCCGUUCGUUUGUUAUUUCUGUUUUGUUCGCGCGUUUUCAUUUCAAGAUCGUACGAAAAUCGCUCUAUCGCGUGUUCUGAGCGCGUGUAAAAGGUGUUAAGCAUGCGAAAAUGAUCAACUUCUAACAUUUGAUAACUCCGAGCUUUCUAGUUGACUCUUUGCCCACCGGGCUUGCUAGUCCGGUGGGAAAGUGUUCUUGUCCCAGACUACCGGAGGGGACCUUUUUGGAACUCCGUUUUCCCAACAAAAAAAGGGUAUUAUGGGUUUCUUUUAAUUCCUGUAGAAGAGGGUUAUGCAUCUUGUUGCUAAUUUUCUUGUGUUGUCUUCGAUCGAAGAUUGGUUCCCGCGGCAAGAUUUUAUCCUCUUAGAUUUCACUGUAUUCGUUCGUUGAACCUGCUGUCACAGGCGACAGACACAUACAUUCCAGUGGCACCAUUCUUGCUGGAGGUAAGUAAGAUUGUGGUAAAAUCACAAGACGCAAAAAUGGGUGCACGUACAAUUUACAACCCAUUAUCCAACGUACUAGAGUUUAAUGAAAUGACCAUAAACAUGAAGAGCACAAAAUGAAAUUGUUUUACUGACACUCUCUGACUCUUUCACCGAUACGGUGACCACCACUCCACCCCCUUCCCCCCUUCUCUCAACCUGACGACCACCCCGUUUAUACAACCUUCUCACCAAGAAUACAGGAUUUACCUUUUUGGGGGGUACGUGUUAAAUUUCACGUUUUUCGGGAUUGUGGAAAAAUCGCGAAAUGAACCCAUUCGCCCCUGAGCUGCCCGUAACCACCCUUUCGGAACCACGUCCCUUCUACCGCUUGUGAUGUCACAGUUUGUUGUUCCAUCACAAACCUUUUCCUUAAAACUUUUCCCAUCGCCAUGAGGCAAGAAAAGCGAAAAAAAAGGGGAGGAAGGGAGAAAAGUCAAAGUCGAGACUGCUUUGUCACUUUUAAACCCCAAAUUUUGCCCAUUAAUGCCCGAACUUCGCAAGCCAAUAUUUUGCAUCUAGAUCAGAAGGCCGCGAAGUGUGCGAUAUGUAAAUUGUUAGGAGGUUCUUCGACGGGUGAGCUCUUCCAGCGAGAGGACUCCGACUAUGACAAGGCUUUGAUACUUUUCUUCCUUUUAAUUACUGACGGCAAACUUCUUCAGUACAGCCUCUUACAACAGCUAAUCACUCACAACUAACCAUCCAACUAUACAACUUAUAUAAGCAUAACGCAGGUACGUUUAGGCUUGCUGAUCAUGAGAGUUACGAACGCUAUUCCGAAUGACUAUAACGAAUUUCCUGUUGUUAACGAAAGUGGAAUAAACAAUCCUACAAGAAAACCGAUGAAAACUUGACAGCUAAAUCCACGAGGCUAUACCUAAACCAAAACAGGAACUCUGAUGUAGGUAAUAAUCAAGGUCAGCAAUGGUCCCAAAACGUACCCACUUAAAAACUGAUAAUCAAACUUGAUUAAACCCCAAGCUUGAUGACACUUCUGUCGACAAACGCAUUAAAAGAGGUAAUAACACUCAAAAACCUGUCAACACAUACAUUGGUUAACCUUGAUCUUCAAACCCAAACAUAACGAAACCUAAAGCACGAGCGAACGAUCAAGAACAGACAGAAUUUUCAUCAAAAAUCCUUAUGAUAAUGAUGUCAAAAACAACCACAAAACUACUUCAUAACAAAAUGUUUUAUGUUAGUUUUAGCUCUAAAUAGUACGACAAUAACCAGAAAACCGCUUGACUAGCUUCGAAAGGCGUUUUUCGGUAAAAUUCCAGGGGCGAAUGGUUUAAAGACCCACGAAUAAAAACGCCCCUUGAAAUUUAAACACGCGAAAUCUUAUACUCUCAUACAAAAUUCAAAUCACAGAGAGACAAAAAAGGUUAACUUAACAACAAAUACCGACAAAUUUACUGACUAUAUACGGUUUCCUUGCUCCAGUUUAUCUCGAUAUUUUAAAAACGUCCAAACGUUUGAAAUAUAAAAUCAAGUUUAAAACGCUUGAAUCGCGAAAUUUAAUGUCCUUUUUCAUACUAGUUUGCCUCGUGAAAUCGCGAAUAUAAAACCCCACGAGGUACUGUCUUGCCAAAAUGGCGUAAUUAAGGGCCUGUUUACAUGGAGGUGGGGGACCCCAAGUAGGUGAGGAAACCUUCUUAGGUGGGGUAACCCGCCUGUCCAUAUAAUCUCCCGUUUUAACUUGGUCACGUUUACAUGAUAGGUGGGGUGACCAUAUGAGAGACAGGCGGGUUACCCGACCUAAGCGGAUUACCUCACCUACUUCGCGUCCCCCCCCAUGUAAACGGGCGCUAAGUACCCGCAGAAUUAAGUACCAAUGGGGUAUUAUACUGAUUGCCAAAACACUAUCUUUUCUUGCGGGAAAAAAAUGGGUUCCGAUUUGGCAAAAUAGGCCCAUCUUAUGCGCUCGGGUAGUCAAUCAGAAUACAGGAUUCGCCGUAUAUUACCAGCUCACUGACUCCUCUGUACAAUAAAAUUUGUUUUUGCAUUGUCAUUCGUUUGACUUGCUUGCCCAUGCUUUUGUUUCAGAUUUUAGAAUCUCCGGAAUUUAACAAAAAAGUGAAGUCGUCUACUGCAAAGCCCACAGAGUUUUCGUGUAUAUUGAAAGUUUCAAAACAGCAGCUGGGAACAAAACCAUUCCAGGUAGGAACGUUAUGCUUGAUGCAUCAGUUGAAUUUUCGAUUUAGUAAUUUCUUGUUUUGUGUCUGGCCAAUUUCAGUCCGCAAUUCACCGUACGUACUAGCGGACUCACCUUGGAGCAACCUCUCCAUUUUGGGGGAAGUCGCGAGAAGACACGUGUAAGCGGCACGGGAAGGAAGACCCGAGUACGUCAAGCGAAAGGAGACGGCUCGCGCGGCUCGCUUCGCGCGCCACUCGAAAUGGAGAGCCUGAUCGCAGACUACGUAUACCGACCGAAGUUUAAAUGCAAGAUGACUGUAAACAACCCUUCUAUUCAAUACAUUAUACAACUAAAUUUCACUCUGAAGACGACUACUGCACAGGUUGUCGAAACGUCAGUUACUGUCAACAACAGCCCUAUUUGGAACUUCCAUGUUCUCCUUACUACAUUUUGCUUUCCCCACAAAAUUUUGCAGACGUUUUUGUUGUCUAUUCACAAGGGACGAUUUUUAGUCCCAAGAGAAAUUGAAAAUAGAGCUUAUGCAAAGUUUUGUGGGGAACAGAAAUUGCAUUAUGAGGAACGUGAAAGUCGCAAUUUCAGGACUACGUUUUCCCGGACGCUCAUGCACAACCUGCUUAUGAAAUGACUCUAGGGUUUAAACCUUUUACAAAUCUUCAAUUCUCGUUGUAUUAAAUUUAAAUCUAAGCGAUCCUUGUCUUGGACAUAAGCGUCUAACAUUUGGUUUGAGACUGCGCGUUUCAAGUAACUAAACGCCACAGUUGCAUAUAAACUUGUGUGAAAAAGACAGUAUGUUGGACGGAAUGUAAUUCCGCAUUUUUGUUGCUAAUUGGAAAGAAAAGCACAGACUAUUAAACAUUUAUCUUGAAUUAGAAAAGGAAGAAAGAACCUAAACUUUAUUCAACAAUUAAAAAGGGAAUCGACUAUUGACCUCCUAGCAUAUAUUUUUAUUAUUAUUAUUAAAAACUGAGCGUUAGUUAGCUGAAGAUGAAGGCAAAACCCUUGGAGGGUUUCUUUUUGAACCUAUAACCAUUCGAAACGUUUUUCGAAAGCGUUCCAACCUCCACCCAUAAAUAAUUGGAUCAAGAAGAGAGGAUAAAAGCAAAACAUCGUUUGUUAUAAAGUGAGUGAUUAAAAACGGUGUGGAUUUUUGACAGUCACACAGUAACCACAAAUGAACUUUCACGAAAUAUGGCGCGAAACAAACGUAAAAAGUAAGUAAGACCAGCAAAAUUGUGGCUGCCAAUUUGCGCUCACGGUACAAAGUUUUUCUGUUGUUGGAAUCCGUCGUUUGGGGAUGAAGCACUUGAUCUAAAGCUUGAAGUUUUUUAGAAAGCCUCUUGAAAAUCACGAUGUAAACAAGAGUCAAUAUAAUGGCGGGAAGGACAAAAUGAGAGUAGCAGUACGCGACCAGAAAAUCCAACUUUCUGACGCCAGCGGCAGGUAGAACAGCAAAACACAGCGCAGUUGGCCAGACUGCAAGCAAGCAGAUCUUCACUCUUUUUACAGUUACUUUUGUUCUGUAGUUAGUUGGAUCUGAAACGGCAACAAAUCGGUCCCAAGACAUGGCUAUAAUGGAGUAGACGGCUGCAAACAUGGCCGAUCCUGCGAUGAUGUAUUGUACAGUGUUUAACGAGAGCGGGGUUUGUUGGCCACGAUAAAGUAAAAACAUUUCCAUUGCACGGCAAUAGCCCACGAAAAAUCCGACCAAGAGAUCCGCUACAGCAAGAUUCGCGAUGAGAUAGACGGUGGGAUUUCUCAGACAGCGGAGAGGGUCGCGACAGAUAGCGAACAGCAAGAGAGAAUUGCCUACAGUUGUUGCAGUGGCUAAGAUUACUUCUAUAAUCACAAGACAGAGAUAGAAUGACGGACUUAACUGUUGGUAAAUGUUCUCAGAUUGGUGAGAGAUUGCAGCUUGUCCUUGUUUCGCUGUAGAAUUGUUCAUGUUGUAUGUUCAAACACAGAGGACGUUAAGUUGCGAAAACGAAAGUUCCUAAUACCAAUUAUCGUUCCUGGUUGCCUAAGGUAACGCCGCAAACCAGAAGAAAUCCGCCGAACGUUAGAAAAAGAUGCUAGCCACAACUUAAAACUGGAAGUUUAAAGCGACUAAGAAAAUUGUGGUUGCGGUGGAUAUCACGGAUUGUGCGGAAAUUGUUGCCAGAUCAGUUCAAGGCCAGCAAGAAUAAUUGUGUGAGGGUGGAUUACACGGAUUUGACGGAAACUUGUGUCAUUUCAUACUCCUUUUUUAAAAUAUUAACUAUUGAAGAGAAGAAUAUGUCAAUAUAUCAUGUAUUAGAUACUUACAGUUAAAAAAGAAGUAUUUUAAAAUCAUGUCUAUUCUUAAUCAAUAUCUGUGAAAUCCGUCGAAUCCGCCGUAUUUUAGAAAAAGAUAUCAGCCGGUCAGCUGCAACUUUAAACUGGAAGUUCAAAGCAGAUAAAAAAGAUUGCAAGAAAUUUUUGGUUAGGGUGGAUUUCCCGGAUUUUACAAAACCUUGUGUCAUUUAAUACUCAUUUUUUCAAACUUUAAAUAUUGAACAGAAGAAUAUGUUAAUAUAUCAUGUAUUAGAAACUUACAGUUUAAAAAGGAAGUAUUUUAACAUCAUGUCUAUUCUUAAUCGAUAUCCGCGAGAUCCGUCGAAUCCGCCGUAUUUUAGAAAAAAGAUAUUAACUAGUCAACUGCAACUUAGAACUGGAAGUUCAAAGAUCAGCCAAAAAAUCUGUGCUACGAGUGGAUUUCACGGAUUUUGCGUAUAAAUGUUCUAUAACAACUUGACUUAGCCCUAUCACUCUUAAGAUUGAAAAGCUCAUUUCUUUUUUGACAGUUUGGAAGUGUAAUUAAGAUGUUAUAUGAAGACCACAUAUCCUCGUCGGUUGUUUUCUUAAUUCUCAUAACCUGUCUCCUUGAGAUUGUGUUAAAAUGAUGAAGAGAAUUCAAAUCAAUGCUGGUCCCCCUUAGGAAAGGCGGGGUUAAAACGGUUCUUUUACAGAGCAGAUGUAUAAAAAUGUAAACAACAUUUAUCUAUCACUUCAAAGUUAAAAUUCAGUUGGUGAACUAGCGCAUUGUCAGAGAGUAGACGUUCUUGCUGCACCCCAAAACAGGUACAUAAGGCAGAUUUAAUGGCAUUUGCGGACAAAACAACCCUCCAUUUAGCGAUUUACAUAAGUGAACAAAUUGUCAUUGUCAACCUUUUUCUCACGAAAUAGCGCAAUUAACAAAUUUCGCACAAAGCAAUCAAUGCAUUUGUUUCUUGAAUUGAUGCUCAAUGACAUCAAUAAACAAGUUGAAAUAAAUAUGAAAUUCAACUUGGCCCGCUUCAAAAGUCAUCGGCUGCUAAUUGCUACCCAUUAUCACGGGAAAAUAAUGGAACCAAUGAUGGUGAUGGUGAUGGUGAUGGUGAUGGUGAUGGUGAUGGUGAUGGUGAUGGUGAUGAUAAUGAUCGUUUCCCAAAUUUCUGUUCCCUCUGAAUUUUUGAAUUUUAAAUCUCACGUUGAGCGUUGUCAACCUGUUUAGAGAGCGAUCUUUUUGGACAGAUGAUGGGCCAAAUACUUUACAGUGCAUUUACUUUUCUUAGAGUGUACUUGUUGAAUAUAAGGUGAUUAAUGUGAUCGAUAUCCUUGAAACUCGGAAAAAAGAAAAAAAAGGUCCAAAACAUUCUCUCUUGACAAAACCUCCCCUAUUCUAAAGGGAACUUUUAGAAAACAGACAAAUCCGUCAAUGCCGCCCAAUUUAGAGAAAAAGCAUUUCUGCCGAGCAGCAUACCUCUACAAAGAGAAUACAUGGAUAUGAUACAUAUAAGAUACUUUGAAUCAAGAAAGGAAGUGUUAAGUCAUUUAUAUUCUAAACAUCCCUGAAAUUUGUAAAAUCCGCCGAACGUUAGAAAAAGAUGCUAGCCACAACUUAAAACUGGAAGUUUAAAGCGACUAAGAAAAUUGUGGUUGCGGUGGAUAUCACGGAUUGUGCGGAAAUUGUUGCCAGAUCAGUUUAAGGCCAGCAAGAAUAAUUGUGUGAGGGUGGAUUACACGGAUUUGACGGAAACUUGUGUCAUUUCAUACUCCUUUUUUAAAAUAUUAACUAUUGAAGAGAAGAAUAUGUCAAUAUAUCAUGUAUUAGAUACUUACAGUUAAAAAAGAAGUAUUUUAAAAUCAUGUCUAUUCUUAAUCAAUAUCUGUGAAAUCCGUCGAAUCCGCCGUAUUUUAGAAAAAGAUAUCAGCCGGUCAGCUGCAACUUUAAACUGGAAGUUCAAAGCAGAUAAAAAAGAUUGCAAGAAAUUUUUGGUUAGGGUGGAUUUCCCGGAUUUUACAAAACCCUGUGUCAUUUAAUACUCAUUUUUUCAAACUUUAACUAUUGAACAGAAGAAUAUGUUAAUAUAUCAUGUAUUAGAAACUUACAGUUUAAAAAGGAAGUAUUUUAACAUCAUGUCUAUUCUUAAUCGAUAUCCGCGAGAUCCGUCGAAUCCGCCGUAUUUUAGAAAAAGAUAUUAACUAGUCAACUGCAACUUAGAACUGGAAGUUCAAAGAUCAGCCAAAAAAUCUGUGCUACGAGUGGAUUUCACGGAUUUUGCGUAUAAAUGUUCUAUAACAACUUGACUUAGCCCUAUCACUCUUAAGAUUGAAAAGCUCAUUUCUUUUUGACAGUUUGGAAGUGUAAUUAAGAUGUUAUAUGAAGACCACAUAUCCUCGUCGGUUGUUUUCUUAAUUCUCAUAACCUGUCUCCUUGAGAUUGUGUUAAAAUGAUGAAGAGAAUUCAAAUCAAUGCUGGUCCCCCUUAGGAAAGGCGGGGUUAAAACGGUUCUUUUACAGAGCAGAUGUAUAAAAAUGUAAACAACAUUUAUCCAUCACUUCAAAGUUAAAAUUCAGUUGGUGAACUAGCGCAUUGUCAGAGAGUAGACGUUCUUGCUGCACCCCAAAACAGGUACAUAAGGCAGAUUUAAUGGCAUUUGCGGACAAAACAACCCUCCAUUUAGCGAUUUACAUAAGUGAACAAAUUGUCAUUGUCAACCUUUUUCUCACGAAAUAGCGCAAUUAACAAAUUUCGCACAAAGCAAUCAAUGCAUUUGUUUCUUGAAUUGAUGCUCAAUGACAUCAAUAAACAAGUUGAAAUAAAUAUGAAAUUCAACUUGGCCCGCUUCAAAAGUCAUCGGCUGCUAAUUGCUACCCAUUAUCACGGGAAAAUAAUGGAACCAAUGAUGGUGAUGGUGAUGGUGAUGGUGAUGGUGAUGGUGAUGGUGAUGGUGAUGAUAAUGAUCGUUUCCCAAAUUUCUGUUCCCUCUGAAUUUUUGAAUUUUAAAUCUCACGUUGAGCGUUGUCAACCUGUUUAGAGAGCGAUCUUUUUGGACAGAUGAUGGGCCAAAUACUUUACAGUGCAUUUACUUUUCUUAGAGUGUACUUGUUGAAUAUAAGGUGAUUAAUGUGAUCGAUAUCCUUGAAACUCGGAAAAGAAGAAAAAAGGUCCAAAACAUUCUCUCUUGACAAAACCUCCCCUAUUCUAAAGGGAACUUUUAGAAAACAGACAAAUCCGUCAAUGCCGCCCAAUUUAGAGAAAAAGCAUUUCUGCCGAGCAGCAUACCUCUACAAAGAGAAUACAUGGAUAUGAUACAUAUAAGAUACUUUGAAUCAAGAAAGGAAGUGUUAAGUCAUUUAUAUUCUAAACAUCCCUGAAAUUUGUAAAAUCCGCCGAACGUUAGAAAAAGAUGCUAGCCACAACUUAAAACUGGAAGUUUAAAGCGACUAAGAAAAUUGUGGUUGCGGUAGAUAUCACGGAUUGUGCGGAAAUUGUUGCCAGAUCAGUUCAAGGCCAGCAAGAAUAAUUGUGUGAGGGUGGAUUACACGGAUUUGACGGAAACUUGUGUCAUUUCAUACUCCUUUUUUAAAAUAUUAACUAUUGAAGAGAAGAAUAUGUCAAUAUAUCAUGUAUUAGAUACUUACAGUUAAAAAAGAAGUAUUUUAAAAUCAUGUCUAAAAACAGGUACAUAAGGCAGAUUUAAUGGCAUUUGCGGACAAAACAACCCUCCAUUUAGCGAUUUACAUAAGUGAACAAAUUGUCAUUGUCAACCUUUUUCUCACGAUAUAGCGCAAUUAACAAAUUUCGCACAAAGCAAUCAAUGCAUUUGUUUCUUGAAUUGAUGCUCAAUGACAUCAAUAAACAAGUUGAAAUAAAUAUGAAAUUCAACUUGGCCCGCUUCAAAAGUCAUCGGCUGCUAAUUGCUACCCAUUAUCACGGGAAAAUAAUGGAACCAAUGUCUCAUGGAGGCUACUAAACAACAUCAUCACCACUUGGUUCAAUAGUUUGUGUUUCCCAUUGUGAUAUACUUCACAGCUAUGAAAAACAAGCUUAAACUUGACCUUGGAUACUUCAAACCCUUUUCUGCAGUAAUUAGGCUUCUUUGUUGCGAUCAGAAAGCAACACCGGAAAAUGAUCCGCACUAAUGUAGCAUGGACAUGUCAAUUUGUUAUCAAAUCCUUUCAUACUCUACUUGUAUAUCCCUUGGGGUAGUGGCAACACUGGAACUUGAUUAAGAAGGUUACAACUGCGAACCCCCAAUUAAACACUUCUGUAUGUUUCCAUUGACUUUGAAAUUUAUUCCUCGUGACUAUCACAUAUUGAUUUUCGUAUAAAACCGGAGCCUGUUCUGGACAGAAAUCAUUCCCAACAUGAACAAGACUAAGUAUCCUUGUCGUCAGUUAAACAGCAAGGCCAUACAAAGUGCAGCAUUAUGCUUUGUGAGUCCGAUAAUCGUUGGAAAGUGUAGUAUUGUAAAAGCGCAAUGCGUAUGCAAAAUCGACGAAGGAGGACUACAGAAAGCCUGGAAUGACGUCUGUAGAACUAGAGACGCUUGUGAUAAGGCCAUUUGUGGUAAGAAUCUUCUCUUUUCAAUGUACUAUGUUGCUUUUCGCGAUUAUAGAAGUUCUUUUUGCUUAAGAACGAUGUUUAUAUCUCUUUCACAGGGGUGAGAAAUGUAGCAUUUUUCUUUGGAGCAAUCAGUGCGCAAGGCCCCAAAAAAAGCCGAGGAAAAAAAGCAGCAACUUUGGAAGAGUACGAAAGCGAGGCAAGCAACGAUGAAACAUUGACAUCAAGUCAAGUUGCAAGUACGGCCAGUCAAAACUGGAUUACUGAUUAUCCGACCAUCGUCAAUGAAAAGUUAUGCCCAUGCAUCAAUUACUGGAUAGCCUUAACGACGCCAAAUGGUGCCCCGGCCAACCCCCUUGUAAUCCACCGAGCGCUCUUUGAAUGCGACGUGGAGACUGUGGCACAACAGGUAUUAAUUGUAAAUGUUCAAUUACACAUCUUUUCUUCAGUGUAUUUCAUGAACCAAUUUAUACCAUCAUAUUCGAGACUUGAGCUUUUUUUCUGUCCGUUUUUAAUAACUUAUCACUAAAAACCAUUUGAAAACCAACGUAACAACAUACACGGAGAAAACAUCUUGAGAAAAGGGAUAUCCAUCUCAUGAUAAAGUUGGAAAAUUCGUAGUCAUUAUUCAAUAUUUACACACAUUCAAAAAUACAAAAUAAGCAGACUCAAGUUUUUUAACAGUGCCACUGUUCUGUUCUGUUCUCAGGUACCCUGUUAUGAAGGAAAAGAAUCGGCGGCUAUGAAAGAACUGUUCAGGGUAUUGAAAGAUCAUAAAAACCAAAUGAUUCAGGAAUUAGUGAACGCUUCGUACGGAAAUUGCUUCCGGAAUGAAAUGGACAGCUUGCUGAGCGAAGAAGAUUUUAUGGACUCACAAGACUGUGGGACAGAGAAGGUGGCUAGAGUUUGGCUCACAAAUUCGUGCUUCGGGUCUACUUUGAAACGUUCAAUCACCAAGCUUCAAGAUGCAAAGUUGCAGAUCGAUAUGUUUGGCUUUCACGCGGACAAUCCACAGAGUGGAGAUGAAGAAACACGACUUUCGGAUAAACUGACUGUGCUCGUGAACGACAUAGGACUGGCAAUGAAAAAGAUGGAGUACGCCCUCUUUCGCGGAAAAAUGUACAAGAAAGUUCCAUCGGCCAAGUACACUUUCGCUUACAAAUGCGAAGUUCGCGUUUUCAUCAAUAGCCUUGCAGCGAACGAGUUCUUUAAAGCACGACUGCUAAAGGACACGAGAAAGAUAAUCGACAUCCUUUCCGACCCAGACUGCGAGGUGAUACGUCCGAUCUCCAUCGACUACAAUCUCAUCGAGGUAGAUGGUGGACACUGCUGGUCCAUCAAAGAAAGGCGCUUUGUUAAUAACCCUAUUGCAGACGAGAAGAUGGGCGUCAUUUCACCGCGGGCGUUUACCAGGUACGAUCCAGACAAAGAGCCCGACCCAAAAUACUUCAAGGAGAUUUUGGAGAACAGCCUCUCACAAGCGGAAAUACGUGAAUUUUGCGAGGAUUUCCUCAAGCUGCUCAACUUCAACAAGAAAUGCCACAAGGAUAAAGUUCCCUGUCUAAUUGGUGAUGCAAACAGUGGCAAAACGAGCCUUUUCCAUCCCAUUCUCGGGAUCGUGCACCACACAAAUAUUGCAACAAUCACCAAGCAGAGGGUAUUCAACAAGGCCAUGAUCUCGAAAUCCACCGAAGUGAUCUUUAUUGACGAGGCUUCCACGUCAACUAUGGACAUUGACGAUUGGAAGAUCUUAACCCAGGGAGGCUACACCGCAUGCGAUGUGAAGUAUCAAACAGCAAAGUCCUUCAUCAAUCGCUGCCCCAUGUUCUUGACAGCACAAACCAAAUUGCAGUUCAAACCUGAAGACCAGCCCGCGAUGGAUCGUAGACUUCGAAACUACAGCUUCAAAAGUCUCCCGGCUCCCAAGAAAAGCGCCACGGCAUGGUUGCGAAGACAUCCGAUGGAGUGCAUCGUGUGGGCUGCAGCGCAAGCCAGGGCAUGCAUGACAUCAGAUUCAGAGGACGAGCUAAGUGAUGAGGAAAGCGCAGAUGACGGAGUAUUGGCAGCGACAGACAAGGAACAGAUUCGCGCGUUGUGCAUGGACGGGUACUGGACGAACGUGAUGGUUCACCUGUCGGGUGAGUGUGCAGGGUGCAAACGGACGAGACUGAGGAUGAUUCGGACGCGAGUAGUCAGAAUGACCAGACCAUCAGUGCAUUGAGACGAGUUAUGGAGCAGUGCUCUCAGGCGUCCCUCCGACACCGCCAAGUUUCAGCCAUGUUGCAAAGCGCGACUCAGCGAGCGAGACAGACAGAGGCAGGCAGAGGAAGCGGUGUACCGGCGCAGACAGGAAAAUCUCUUGUCGAAAAGGAGUCGCACGCGAACAUGUGGCCCUACUUCCAAGGGAUACAUCGGAACCCAUGCCGACACAAAUUGAAAAUGAUCUGACAGCCUUCAGGCAGCAGACUCUCAAGAAGACUUGAAGAGAAAGCGAGAAAGAGCACUUGCCGCCUUCCAAACACCCUGGCUACUAGAAAUGGAGCAAGAACUACACAAGCUGACCAGGACCCUAGAGAUGUCAGACAUGAAUCAGGAGAGAAGGACGUCUAUGGAGGCCUAUCGCGAGGUCUUGCAAGAUAAGCUGAGGCAGUUUCACGAGAACUAUGGUACGGCCGGUUGCCAUUUCGCCCUGGAGCAACGAAAGCGAUCAUGCGUCACCCUGGGUCUCGAACUCUUAGCUAGAGUACUUAAGAAAGACCAUACUAUUAAAGGUAUCCAAGUCGGUCAGAAUGAAAUUAAGAUAACCCAAUACGCAGACGAUACCACCGUUUUGGUGCGAGAUCUUGAUUCUGUCACACAAUUACUAAAACAUUUAGACAAAUUCAAGCAGAUCAGUGGUCUCGAAAUUAACACAAACAAAACCGAAUCGUUGUGGUUAGGAUGUUGGAGGUCGCGCAAAGACAAGCCGUUUGGUUUUAAAUGGCCCCAAGAACCAGUCUAUGCCCUUGGUAUACACUUUUCCUAUGACUUAAAGCAAGCCAACACCCUUAAUUUUGAAGAAAAGAUUUGUUCUUUAGAAAAAACACUCAACAACUGGAAAAAAAGAAAGCUAACUUUAAUUGGCAGAAUCAAUAUUGUGAAGACGUUAGGUUUGUCGAAACUCAUAUAUUGCAGUUCGUUACUGACCGUAUCUAAAUCCCUUAUAGACAGAAUUAAUAAGAUUAUUUUCGGCUUCAUUUGGGAGGGUAAGCCUCCCAAAAUUAAGAAAAAGACUAUCAUUGGUGAAAAACACUGUGGGGGCCUAAAAAUGAUUGAUUUUGAAAUCAUGGAGCGGUCGCUAAAGAUUGCUUGGAUAAAGCGUAUUGCUGAAUCAAGUAAUGCUUCGUGGAAAAAAAUCCCAAAUCAAGCUCUUAACCAAUACGGAGGUCUAGAGUUCCUCAUCGAAUGCGACUACGAUCCUAAGCUACUCAACUUAGAGAACCUUCCGGAGUUUUACCACACCAUUUUAAAUUACUGGCAUGACUUCAGAAGACUAACCUGUGACAAGCAAAUUUCCAUAAAAAAACAAAUAAUUUGGAAUAACCGUAACAUAUGUAUUGAUGGAAAACCAAUUUAUAUUAAAUCCUGGUGUACAAGUGGAAUUCGUUGCAUCGAAGACCUUCUAAAUGUUAACCUUAAAUUUCUUACCUUAUCAGAAAUGAAAGAGAAAUAUAACUUUGAAUUUCCUUUUACCACUUAUUACGGCCUUUUAAGAGCCAUACCAACUGAAUGGAAAAGUGCACUACGAGUCAAAGCAGGCGUGCAUGAUGAAUCUGAAAAGCGCGAAACAUCCUUGAAGCUUUUUUCCACAAAAGAAGCCUAUUCUUCCAUACUUGAUAAAAGCUUCUCAGCACCCACUGCUGAAGGCAGAAUUCUAGAUCAUGGGUUCACCAAAGAGGAAAUUCCUUACAUCUACAUGCUCCCGUUUAAAAUCUUGAAAGAACCAAAACUGAUCAUGUUCCAAGUCAAAAUUAUUCACAACAUUUUACCUACCCAAUCUAGCCUCUUCCGCGCGCGCAUAACUGAUACUGAUGUUUGUCCUUUAUGCAACCUUGAAAGUCAAUCUCUAAAACAUAUGUUAAUUACCUGUAGUGUAUCCUCUUCGUUUUGGACUUGUUUUUCUAACUGGUGGCACGAAAAAUUUAAACAAAAACUGACUUUAUCUGAAAGCACUAUUCUAUAUGGUUGGCACAAAGAGUCAAAUAACUGGGAAGUGCUUAAUUACUGUUUGAUUGUCGCCAAAUAUAAUGUUUUUGCUACAAGCGUACGCAACGGCGUCCUGGACUUUGACAGUUUUCUACUGCGUCUCAACAACAAAAUUGAUAUUCUUCGCACAAUAUCUUUUAGAUCUAACUGCUUAUCGCAAUUCAAAAAAACAUGGGACAAACUUCUUUGGAUACGUGAAUGCUAGUGUCAUUUCCUUCAAGCUACACUUUACUGCUAUACUGUUUCACUUAUCAGGUUUGCGUCUUUUUCCUUUGAAUUUAGUUUGUUUGUUUUUUUUUUUCGUUACAAAUUUAGUUUGUUUUUUGCCAUAUAGAUAUAUAUAUUUUCAUAGUUAAAAUAACAAGUAUUUGUAAUUAAUUUUUUUUCUUGUCAAAAAAAAAAAAAAAAAAAAAAAAAAAAAAGAAGAACUAAAAAGAGUUAAAGAAGGUGGUCUUAGUUAAUUCACCCGUGGAUUAUCAUCUAUGUGCCUAAAUGAGUUUACUGCCAACUUGAGUGACAACAUCUGGAAUGGAAAGCACCUGGCAAAAUUCAAACUAAAUUUGCCAAGUAAACCCACAGGUUUGAUUAUUUACGAACAUUAUUGAGUCGCUUCACAACACGGCAGGCUUUGACAGGUGUCUGUCUAUUAUUUUAGAGGAAUAAAUGUUUUAAAUUGAUGAGUUUGUUUUGAGCAGUAACUUUUCGGUCGUUUCUUCAGAGCGAAUUUCAGAAAAAAAGUUUGAAAGCCACGCUCUAAAUGUGAGUUUUGAAUGAAUGAGAAAAUGCACUUUGCGUCUUGCUGGAUUGUUUCUUUUGCAUAAUCACUCCUGGUCUUCUUUUUGCCCAAAAAGAAAUAACAUAAGGAGAGGAUUAAUUAAAAGGCAAGGCAAGACAAAACAGGGGAAAAACAGCGGAGAUCAAAGCCAAUUAACGAAGUACAUGUUUGAAUAGCUUUGAAUAAUGGUGGCUUUCAGUUGGCGGUAAUUAAAGUUAAUUUGCCUUCUGCUUUUACAUUUUUAAUUUUAGCGUACGUUCUUAUGAAUAUAAAUGGAAUUUCGAGGCAGAUGUUAAAUCACUGAAGCCUGACAAAUCAUAAAGCUUUCAAACCAAUCACUGAACUCUUUAAAUCGAGUCUCACGUUGUACUGUUCUUCAAAUAAUGAGGUUUUAUUCGGUGAACAUCUGAAGUGCCGAUGGUUAAAAAAAAAACAGUAACAACAACAGCAACAACAAAACGAGCAGUGCUUCGAUCCAUAGCUUUCAAGUCUGCAGCUGUUCAUAUAACAAGUUAAUUGCCUUGGUCACAUCUAGUUUUUCUAUUAAGCGAUUAAGUAAGUAAGUAAGUAAGUAAGUAACUCUUUUUAUUCAGGGUAGGGGCCCUGAGAAAUAAAAAGGUAUACUAUUUAAAAAUUCCUAGGGUAUAUACAUGAUUAAAGUAAACGAUAAUACUGUAAAAAAUCUAGUUAGGUUAAUAUAAAAAGUGUUUGCUAAGAGAUAAGAAAUUAAAAUUAUAAGGUAAAAUACUCGGUCAGCACUUUUUAAGACUAUUUACAGACGUGGCACAUUUAACAUAAUUGGGUAAAGAAUUGAAAUAAAUUCCCUCUGCUUACUUAAAGGGGCUGUGUCACGGCAGUGCAGAUCAUUUUGUUAAAUUUUGCCAAUUACUCGCCCUCAAUCGCUAUGGAACUUAAAGUAAGCAAAGAAAUUACAUGUAAAUGACAAAGUCAGAGAUUCGAGACAAACAAAUAUGUCUUCUGAGCACUAUUUUUGAAGUUGCAAACAGCAGAGAUAAACUUUGAAAAACUGUUAGGCUGAACAGUUUUCAAAAACCCUAGUUUCAAUCCGUUUCAAUCCUCUUCCAUUUUGCCCAUCCGUGGCAUCUGUUGUAUCUGCUGUGUUAUUUCAAUCUUCCCUUAACCCUUUGACUGCCAGAGUGUUUGAUGGAGUUUUGUAAGGUGACUCUAACUUUUGAGUCUGUGGACGAAAUCCUAUGAUGUGACCAUUCAAAUCAAAGCUCUCUGCCUGUACUUUAACAUGGUGCUAUUUGUUUGUCAAAAUUUUAGAAAAUGAAAUUUGGAAAUUUGGUCAAAAUUUGCCUUUGGCCACAUUUUGCAGUGAAAGGAUUAACGUUUUAAGCGGUUUUUAUCUUUCUCUUGGAUUUAACGGGCAUUUUGUAAUACCUAAUUUGGCUGAAUUUCGUGACACAGCUCCUUUAGAAGUUCGUUUGCCCAUGUUACGUUUAGGCUUUGGUGGGUGCAGGUCGUUGCUUCUCCUAGUUGCAUGAUCGUACAAAUCCGCAUUCCUCGUAAAAUAUUGCGUAAAAUACUUGGGUACUAGAUUAUUUAAACACUUAAAAACUGGAAUGCAUUUAUGCAUUUUUCUUCUGGAAGCUAGAUUUAACCAGUUUAGCACACAGAAAGCGUGAUUUGAGUGUUCUUCCGUAAUAUAAUUCGAGCUGCACUGUUCUGUAGGCGGUGUAACUCUUUGCAACACCCCUCUGAAAUUUUCCCCCACGCAACAUCAGCAUAGUCUAAUAACGGCUGCAAGAGUGAAGUGUAUACCUCUUUAGAGGCUUCCCGCGUGAGGCAUGAUCGUAUACGAGACCAAAGCCUUAGCCUCCUACUGACGUUGCUGCUUACAUUCUCGACGUGAUCUUUCCAAGAAAGGUUCUCAUCUAAAACAACACCUAAAUAGCUAAAUUUAGCUACUCUUUCUAAAGUCUUUCCGUAUAACUGUAUACAAAAAAUUUGGUGAUUUGGCAAGAUUCUGCCAACUUCCAAAGAGCAUUGAUUUUGUUUUACUCUGAUUAAGGAUAAGCCUGGUACUUUCCAUCCAUUGCACAACUCGUUUCAAAUCAUCCUGUACUAUCCUAGCUAUCUCCAGGUGCCAAGAUUCGUAAAAUACAUUACAGUAUCAUCGGCGUACAUAUUAAUAGAACAGUUUUCUAAACACUGGGUCAGGUUAUUAAUGUAUAAAACAAAAAGCAGAGGCCCCAAAAUUGAACCCUGAGGGACGCCAAAACAGAUGGCUCGUGUUGAGGACAUGUCAUUUCCAAAUUGCAUUCUUUGAGUUAGUGUGGUAAGAUAGUUCCGGAACCAGUCCAGACUACUUCCUCUGACUCCGUAAUUAACCAAAGAUGCUUUUUUCUUUGGAAAUUCGUGCCGAGCAACUUCGUUGUAAAAUGAUUUACUUUCUGCUCCGAACGAGCUCGAGUAAUGAACGUGGCUAAAACACCACUGUUUGCACUCUGGUGGGGGUGGGGGAGAGUGGAUCGGAUGGGUACUAUUGAGUGUACCGCUAGGUCCCUGGACCCCUCGGCCAAUACCAGGCCAUGAUCACUAGCAAUAUUGCUUUCCAAUCCGCGUUCAGUUGCCAAGUUCCUGCUGUAUCCUAGACUAAUUACAAAGCAGAAACAUCAUCAUCAUCGUCGUCGUCGUCAUCAUCAUUAGGGACUUUAAGAUCCAAAGACGCGACGGGGACAAGAACGUCGCUUAAAAAGUGAUUUUGCGUUCUUUCAGUUUUUAUAGCGAUUAUUCCUACCCACUUACUUUGUCAAUUGUAGACGAACCCUCCUGAAGCGGACCAUAGCCAACCUCGGAAAGAGAAAUAAAAUUUCGCCGUUGCUUGUUUACGUCCUCCAUAAAGCGCGAAAUUAGGCAUUUUCACUUCGUAGUCGUGCAAAAACGGGAAAGAAAUGUACAAAAAAGUGUGGUGCACCUGCGAAGUAGUUUUUUGCCUAUUAAGCCUAUUGUUUUUUUUACGUUCUCGUUGUCGUCCGUGUCGUUGGAUCUUAAAGUCCCUAUUGUCAUCAACAUCGUCGUCAUCAUCCACACAGUGUCAUCAUCAUCACCAUCAUCCUCAUUCUCAUCAUCUAACCUCCAAUAGCUACUCUUUUUUGUUUUUCUUUUAUUUUGUUUUCCAGGAUGCUGUUGCAGACCAAAUUUUUGAGCUUCUCCUGGAGUACUUUUCCAUUCACGCGCACUCUAUAGCAUUUCCUGAAGUGGCACUUCCUGCUGUUGUCAGAGUAAGUAUUACCUAAUAAGCAAACUGACUGUGAACUGACUGUGAGCCAGCUUAAGAAGCGCCCACGAUCGAUCAUCAAGGGCAUGUGACGUAAAGGUGCGGAUGUGGCUUUUGACGGACCGAUAGAUAACACUCAGGGUGAUUGUUUAUGACAUAAACAUAGGAACCAUGUUCGACAAUUGUUUGUGAUGGGCGCCUGACAUGUACGCGCGGGAUGUAUUAUAAUGGCCGUGUGACAGACAUACAUGGGUGGAAAGGGCUUAUGAGUCAUUUACUUUAGCAGGCACGAAUAUACCGUUGGUGUUAAAGUCUUUUUUUUGUCUUUCCUAAUUCCUGAUAUUUCCCUGCGAAUGACAGCGAGGCGCUUUAUCAAACCAUCCGCACUGGUUAUUUCGCCCCAGGCAUUUCGAGAACGGAGCUCUGGAGCCAGGGUAGCGCGAAUAACUGGUGAGAUAUGCUAGAAUUUGCACGUCCAGAGUUGAUUUCAUAAAUAGACUACAAGGACUUUCAUUACGUCUCAGACAACAAAGCUUUGAAACCAAUCUCCUUCAGAAAUCAUUUAAUAAAGUAUGGUGCAGCCCUGCGGGAGAUGAUAUUAGCAAUCCAGGCUUGAAUUGCACCACCGCACCCUUACAUCACUUAUUUAUUACUGAUAGAUUUGUAUUUCAGGUGUAUCUUGGUACGUAUGCCCGCACAGUUUUAUUUUGUGCGCGUGCGUUAUUUUUUUAUUCAUUUAAUUGACGUGCACAUUUAGUUCGUUAAAUAACGUCUUAAUUUUACUGUGCCUUAUUUUUUCUCACUUAUAUGUGUUGUCCGUGACUGUCCUCUCGUUGUAGGUGGCUCCUCCUAAAAUGUUCUAAAAUUGGAAUCGGAUUUAAAGGAGCUGUGUCACGAAAUUCAGCCAAAUUAGGAAAUUACGAAAUGCCCGUUAAGAGAAACAUAAAAAAAACCGCUUAAAACUUUAAAGGAAGGUUUGAAUAACAUAGCAGAAACAACAGAUGCUACGGAUGGGCAAAACUGAAGAAGAUUGAAACGGACUGAAAUUAGGGUUUUUGAAAACUGUUCAGCCUAACAGUUUUUCAAAGUUGAUCCCUGCUGCUUGCAAUUUCAAACAUAAUGCUCAGGAGAAAUAUUUGUUUGUCUCGGAUCUCUGAUUUUGUCAUUUACAUGUAGUUUCUUUGCUUACUUUAAGUUCCAUAGCGAUUGAGGGCGAGUAAUUGGCAAAUUAAACAAAAUGAACUGGACUGCUGUGCCACAGCCCCUUUAAUGGAGCUGAACCCAAUUGCACACAUUUUAGGCAUCCUAUUGAUGAACAAUUACGACACGUAGAUAUAUUUUUUAGCAACUACUAUAAUUUAUAGUCCACCAAGUUUACACGUGAAAUGUUCUUUUGUAACAGGCUAGUGUGAAAAGUAAUGGUAAUUGAUGGCAGGGCUGCAAAUAACGGCCGGUCAACGGACAAUGUCCGGCCUGAUCACGGACUUGACCGGUCAAACUCCGGUCUUGCCGGUCAUUUUGACCGGUCAUUUCUGGAUACAAACACUUUAUUUUCCAUACAGUUGUCGCUUAAUGCUCUAUAACGCUGCAAUGAUUUCCUUUUUCUUUGGCGUUUUUUGCUGCUUUGCACUAAACCCUUCUAAGAAAAGAACGCCGCAAUAAAUUAAUUUCAUGUGUUUCUCCGGGAAUAAAUGUUAGCGCAUAGAUUAACAAUAAUUUCUUUUAUGUCGAACAUGAAUCUCGUUUGCAGACUCGAUUCCAGAAUGGUCUGAUAAAAAUUUAAACUACUCAAGAGGGAAGGUCGUCGUCUAUCGCGGCGCUAGAUUCUCGUUCUUGUAAACAACUUUAUGCAAAUUUCUGUUGACAUUUGAGCCCUUCGCGAUAAAAUGUUGCGCGAUGACCCAAAUUUAUUUAUUGACUUCUGAUCAUCAACACGCUGUUUGUGGAACAAACUUCUCGCCAAUGCAAAUCAACUUCUUUGCCGAAAAUAUCAGCGACGAUUCUUCUUUGAAGAAGUGACUUUCGAUCACGUGCCAGGCAAGGAAAAAGAUCAAGUUUCACCGAUGUUCAUUUCGGAACAUCAACGUAAAACAAGCGUGUGCAGAUUUUGUAAAAUAACCCCAUUUUUUUUUUUUUUUUUUUUUUUCGUAAUUUCUAAAGUUUGCUGAACUGUAUGUGUAUUCCGUUUCCUGAACCUUGGGAGUUUGAAAAGGAUUUACGCUUCACUUUUUACCUCUAGAGACUUGCAAUGAUACUCGAGGUAGAACGUAACAUUAAAACGCCCGAAAACCGCGGAAAGGAACUCUACAACGUGCGAAUGCAUUUUUCACUAAUUUGCCGUCAAAAAUGUGAACGUCAAUGUAGUAAUAACGAUCUAUUGCCAGCAUAAUUGGAUAUUCCUGAGGCAAAAAAAAAUUAUUAGUAUUCAUUAUUUGACCGGCCAGAAUCGGGGUUUGUCCGGGUUAAAAAAUAUUUGGCCGGUCAUCAUGACCGGCAACCUGUUGUCCGUUAUUUGCAGCCCUGUGAUGGGCGUAUAACUCGCAGAUGGGGCGGACAAGGGUACCGACACCCACAUUAGAGACCUUAAGAUUGCAGUUUGGCCAUGUUAUUGCAAGCGGCAAACUAUGGUUUGCGGUUUACGGUUUUAUGUUACCCGUCUACUCAUGUUUGGGACUUAUGAUUCGCGCGUGGUAGCUCGCGGCUGCCAUGUUUGUUUUUAUUCAUCCAUUCACUUCCAAUCUAGCUGAGAAAUUGUCAACAAAUUCACGUUUCUAUGGAAGAGAAUUCGAUAAUUAAUAAGCGAAAGAGUUCUAAAAAGUAGUUUUUCCCCUCAUACGUGAGAUUGGGAUGUUUUAGGGUGCAAAAAAAACAUGCAGUAAAAUCACUUACCUGACACUCGAACGUGAUCUAGCCGUACAAACGUGAACCUCAAACUGCAAACCUGACGGCAAGGUUCUAGUUACGUGACUUCUUGACGUUCGCGGUUCGCGGGAAAUGCCGAAAAACCUCGAUCUUAAGGUCUCUAUUUUCUAGAGUUCACCCCUCAUCGGUCACGAGUUCUCGUCAUUAAAGGUGCGGUCAAGUAUUAACGGCGGCGCCCGAUGUAAAAAUCUAUUUAUUUUGCCAUUAUACUUGAUUCAAUUUUUAUAUACAGCUAAGGAAAUUCAUCAAGACUACAAACGCUGCAAGAUAUCGCAAGCAGAUGAAACAGCUUGUUGAUAAGGUACGUUCCGGUUCCUCUGCUUUUAAACGCUAUAUGAAUGAAAAUCGUAACGAAGCUGCUCAUUUGCUUGUAUUUUUUUUGGCCUUUAAUAGAUUGAAGAAACUUCUACUGAAGUAACAAAUCGGCGAUCAAACGUUUCCUUCAGUCCCAAAGACAUUGCUGAAGUUGUGAGUAGUGAUUCAACAGAUUUUUUUUUCCUGUAUUUCCAAUUAUAUUUCAAACUGUAGUAGUUUCUUAGCCGUUGCCGCUCUUGAAAACGAGGGAAUAAAGAUUGAGCAGAACUCCAUAAAACCAAAACUGAAACUCUAACCGACCUUUCCUCAUGGACAAGAAAGGCACCAAUGCAGUAAUGCUAUCGGUUUGAUAAACCUGCAUGUGUGAUUUAUUGUUGGGUAUGUUGUGGUUCAAAUUUAUCCUUGGUUUAAAUCUUAUUUUCUUUUGUUUUUGGAUAUGGUAAUGUAUGUAAUUAUUCGUUCAAAAUAUUUCUCCGAUUCUGAUUGGCUAAAAGCACUUGCACAAUUCACCAUAGCCAGCCACUGAUGACCAAAUUUGGAAGAAUUUUGCGUUUAAUGAACCGAUGACGUCAAAAGUGCAGCUUUCUCCAGGUUAAUGGAGCGUUAACCAAGAACAUUAGGGGACGAGGUUGAGUUGUUUUGGUUGUGAAAACAAAAAUGGCGGACAAUAAACUCGUUGCAAGGGUAAGAACUAGGCGAAAUAAAAGCGAAAAAUAUGGUAAGAACAGCAAGAAGACAACUCGAAGAGUGACAUCUGCUAUUUGGAGAAUAUUUGCGGAGCUGAACACACCUAAACGUGCACUAUCGAAGACGAACUUAACCUCGAUGGAUCGAUGGGGCUAAGCAUCUUUUAGCCAUGUUUUUAAACUAGGAAUUAUCGGCUUUCGUAUCAUAUGACGAAUUAUGGAGAUCUUGUGGAGGCCUACGGCCUCGACAGAUAACACCCUUCUCGAUCUCCAUAAUUCUUCAUAAGGUACUUAUCCUCAUUCAUUGAUUGUUAAAUAAUGACUUUAAAAAAAAAAAAAAAGAAAAUUACAAUUUCAACCAAGGAUAAAAGUGAUCCACAACAGAUACGUUAGUUUACCAACUCAAGGCAUUUACGGGCCAUUAUCACAUUUCGACGGUACUAUGGGUAACGCGGGUACUAUGUAAGUAGAAUUUGACUUCCCGUUGUGUAUUCUGGCGUUUUUGGACUGCCAGCCACUCGGUAUGUAAUUUUUAUCUCGUUCCUCGAGCGGUAUUGCUAGCUUUUCAUUGCAACGGUUGCACGAAAAAACAUGCAACGUGUGUUGAGCGCAGGAAAAUGAAAAAAGGUGGUUGUGUGUGUGUGUGUGCGAGGGAGGGGGGUUGGAUUAUUAGAGAGCUUUAGAUUUGAGGACGAAAACGAGUACGAGGACGAGACUUAACUUAACGUUUUGCUCGUGUUCUCAAAAAAAGACACCCCUUUAUUUUACUUUUUUCAUCAAAAACGUUAGUACGGUUAUUUAUAGUGAAGGAGGUUAAGCCCUCUCCCGAUAGCAAAAUGAUAAAACUUCUUACAUUUGAUAACUUGUUCACGCCGUUUCUUGCCACUACGACAUUCUCGAAAAAACUCGAAGUAGAAAGACGACGGCUAUUGCGUUUUCCCGCCAAAAUGAUGCUGGUUCACGCGUGAGCAAUACUGUCUCAGUAGUCGUACUCGUAGUCGUCCUCAUCUCAGAAUUUAAAGGUGAUAUUACACGGGACGAUUCGCAACGACCAUUUUUAGUGCAACACAGCGUUGCAAUGUUGGGACAAUGUUGUAACCAUUCGAAGCAAUGUCGAAACAAUGUUGCAACCCUUUGUUGCGCUAAAAAUCGUCGUUGCGGGUCGUCUCGUGUAACAUUACCUUAAAGCUCUCUAUUAUUGCGGGAAAACAACAACUGGUACCAUAGGUGGGUGGGUGGGUAAAUGUCGACUGGUCUAUAGGGGGAUAUUACAUUCAGGUAGUUCAGAGUGCUUCGCCAUCCCCUCUUGACUGCAUCUGGUGCCGGGUGCUAAAACACAUACAUCUUUUGCAAAACGUGGAAUAGCCUGUUCUAGGCUCCGAGAUAAUCGGGUUCGCUGAAUUGAGAAAGCGCAAACACGAAAACUUGGGGAGAGGAGUUCGCGUGCCUUUCACUUUCGCGUCUUCCUCACUAUCUGAGAGCGUGGAACAGGCUAAACGCGGAAAGCCCUGGAAAUCGUAAGUAGCGAAGGCAAAUGGUCAGAUGACCCCCGGUCUGACGUAAGGAAACUGGAUUUUUGAGUGUGGGAAAGACGACUAAAACUACGGUAUAUGAUUGGGUUUAUUUUAUGUUUGUUCUGCUUUGUGUUAUUGACAGUUUCUUUUAUUGUUUGAUUAUUUUUCAACAUGCAGGAAAAAUGGACGGCUCAGUAUAGACAAAAUCCAAAUGCUAUAGUGAAAUUCUAUAACACCUGGAAGGCCUUGAAACCAACCGUCCAGCCAGAGGUAAAGUGCUUGUUAUUGACUGUUAAAGCAACAACAACAGCGACGAACGUAGAUAAUGAUAGCCUGCGGGAUUAGUAGGUGGGGGAACGGGGGGAGCCGUAAGAAGAUAGGGACAAAAUCUCGAAAAUCCUCCUGGAAAGUAGUAGUAAGAGAGCUUUAAAAAGUCAUAUCUAUUUAUCUAUCCAUCCAUCCAUCCAUCCCUCCCUCAUGAUAAAUCGAAUUCAUUUCAGUAUAAACUAAAGGGGGGCUUAUAAUGGGAUGUUUUUUUUGCGGGGGUUUAUUAGAACACGGGAUUAUAACUUGGGCGGGAGGGGGGCUUGUAAGUUAUGGGGCUUUAUAAGCGGUAGUUUACAUUAAUACUGAACAUUUUUCCUAGAAUGAAGCAGAAGAAGAAAACAACGAAAACAUGAGCGAAGACGAAAAAGAAACUCCUUCAAAGAGAAAACGUAAACAACAAGGCAGUUCUGAGCACGAGAACGAAAAACCGAAAGGAACAGCGAAGAAACUCAAAAAGACUGCAAAGAAAACUGGCCCUGGAAAAACCCUUUCUCAAACGGCGAAGAACCCUGGAGACGGAGAUGAGGAGGAUGUUGUGCAAGACUUUCAAUUUUCUUCCGACGAGGACUAAAAUGGAAAUCUCCCUUAUACGAAGCGGCUAACGUAGAUACUGGACGAACUCGCCCAGAAGUUUAGUCAUCAACAUAGGCGACUGUUGUCGCGAGACUCAAGACCUUUUGGCAGCCUCUUUCUCCUUCCGCCUCUCCUUUGUGACUAUUGGUUUUCCCAUCAUUUCGCUGGUGCAAAGAAGGUACAAAUAUACCACGCAUUUUCUAUACCAGGUGAAAAAGCCCAGACAUGACCGAGGGGGCAAAUAACGCAAAC